AUGGAAAAGUUUAACACUCCAGCAAUGUUCAUUGGCAUUCAAACCGUGCUAUCAUUGUAUGCUGCAGGACGUCAGGCAGGCACAGCGUUAAGUAUUGGUGCAGGUGCCACCCAGGUCACACCAGUUGACAAAGGUUUUGCUAUACCUGGCGCUUCUACCUGUCUCAAACUUGGUGGCCAUGACCUCAGACUAAAUCUCGCAAAAAUACUAACAGAAGGCGGUUAUAACAUGAGCAAUUAUUGUGACUUUUUGGAUCAUGCUCAAAAUAUGCUUGAAAAGUUAUGUUAUGUGGCUUUGGAUUUUGAGGAAGAAAUGCAAUCGCCCUCAAAGAAAGCUAAAGUUGAGGAUGAAUCAUAUGAAUUGCCGGACGGGGAAAUUAUCACCCCUCAUGACGAGAAGUUCCGAUGUCCAGAAGUGUUAUUCAAACCUUCUCUGCUAGGAAACCUUAAUGAAUAUGAUAUCGAAGAAGGGAUUCACAAAAUGUGCUUUGAUACUAUCUCAAAAUGUGAUUUUGAAAUGCAUCCAUUGUUGUAUAAAAACAUAGUACUAUCUGGAGGCUGUACAAUGUUCCCUGGGCUUCCAGAACGAUUGACAAAAGAGAUCCAAGGGCUUGUCCCAGCUGCAAUGGAAGUCAAAGUAAUUGCGCCAGAACAUAGAAAGAACAGCGUUUGGAUCGGUGGUUCAAUUCUUGCGAGUUUGUCGACGUUUAAAGAAAUGUGGAUUACAAAAGAGCAAUAUGGCGAACUAGGACCAGCUGUUAUCCACAAGUGUCCUUCAGCGUGA